CCCGCCCGCCCGUCCCCCCGCCGCCGCCGCCAUCGCCGUCGCCCCCCGCGCCUGCCCCGCCAUGGCGUCCUCCGCCGCCGCGAGCGCGUGGCGGCGCUCCCUCCGCGGCGCGCUCCUGCGCGGCUCCCCGUGGCGCGGCCCCGCCCCCGCCCUCGCCGGCGCCCGGCAGGCCAGCAGGACGGUCUCCGCCGUUGCAGUGCCCAUUAAGGUGCCCCCGCCUCCCCGCAAGGGUAGGCUUUUGACUGGGGCCAUGAUAGGAUUGGCCAUUGCUGGAGGUGCUUACGUGAGUACUACCGACGAGGCCACGUUUUGUGGGUGGUUAUUCAAAUCAACAGAACUCGUGAAUCCACUUUUUGCGCUGCUAGAUGCAGAGUUUGCUCAUCGUUUGGCUGUUUCUGCUGCUGCUCAUGGAUUUGUCCCAAGAGAAAAGAGACCUGAUCCACCAGUUCUUGGGAUAGAGGUUUGGGGAAGGAACUUUACAAAUCCAAUUGGUCUUGCUGCUGGAUUUGAUAAGAAUGCUGAGGCCGUGGAGGGUCUAUUGGGUCUUGGAUUUGGCUUUGUGGAAGUUGGCUCUGUAACACCUCAGCCUCAAGAGGGAAAUCCUAAGCCGCGGAUAUUCAGAUUGAAAGAGCAUGGUGCUGUAGUCAAUCGCUGCGGGUUCAACAGUGAAGGAAUUGUAGUAGUUGCUAAGCGUCUUGGGGCACAACAUGGUAAGAGGAAGAUGGAGGAAACUUCGAGCUCCAGUGAUGUAAAGCAAGGAGGGAAAGCAGGUCCUGGAAUUUUGGGAGUCAAUCUUGGCAAGAAUAAGACUAGUGAAGAUGCUGGUGCUGACUACGUGCAAGGAGUUCAUUCGUUGUCACAGUAUGCUGAUUACCUGGUCAUAAAUGUUUCUUCCCCAAAUACUCCUGGUCUUCGCGCAUUGCAAGGUAGAAAGCAGCUGAAAGAACUUGUGAAGAAGGUGCAAGAUGCACGAGAUGAGAUGCAGUGGGCUGAAGAUGGUCCACCACCAUUGCUUGUUAAAAUCGCACCGGACUUGUCGAAGCAGGAUCUUGAGGACAUUGCUGCCGUUGCUCUUGCUUCCAAGUUAGAUGGCCUGAUUAUAUCAAACACAACAAUUUCAAGGCCACCCCCUGCAGACGCACAUCCAUUAGCUCAGGAAGCCGGCGGAUUAAGUGGGAAGCCUCUGUUUGACUUAUCUACUCAAGUUCUCAGGGAUAUGUAUAUCCGUACAGGCGGCAAGGUUACGCUGAUAGGCUGUGGUGGUGUAACUAGCGGCGAGGAUGCAUACAAGAAGAUACGUUCUGGAGCCACGCUGGUUCAGCUUUACACUGCACUUGCCUACGGAGGUCCAGCUCUCAUCCCGAGAAUAAAGGCCGAGCUCGCAGAAUGCUUGGAAAGAGACGGUUUCAAAUCUGUCCAGGAGGCAGUGGGAGCAGACUUCAAGCCGUUGAAGGCCUGAACACCAACUGAGAUCCUCAAAGACACUAGCAGAUUUUCCCGUGAGCGUCCUUUUGCGCUACUCACUCGGAUGCUACCCGAAACCAACCAAAGUCUGAAACUAUUUUGAGGGUGUCGUACUAAUUAUACAGCAUAUGCACGUUUGCGUGCAUACCCAUGGCAUCAUCUAGUUCUUGUUUGCUUGUAAGCGAGCUGCGCAAGAAGUGUUUUGUUUGGUUAACUUAUGUGUAUAUCACCAGGCUUCUCUGUGGAAACAACGGCCGGUUUACAUAGUAUUGUGCUAGGAUAUCUGAAGCUGCAUUCCCUCCCUAGCAAAUAUAUAUGCAGAAACUACGGCUAGGAUAUGCCAUGUGUUUGCUGGCUGAAUUGAUGAAUUGUUGGCGAGAAAACUUAA